AUGGUGACGGAAGACUGGGACAAUUGCGCCGACAAUGAAAUCAAUAUGAAUGAAACGGUAUGCAAGGCGAAACUGUCGAGUCGCAUCACUAACGCGAUGAUACUUCUUCACACGUUAAGCGCCGUUGCAUAUAGCAUGCGCAUAAUGAUGGCCAAUAUCGAUGUCACCGAUCGCAUGUCCGAGCCACCCUACAUUCAUAAAAUGGAACUUCCUUUCGACGUGAAGACACAAAGAACGUAUAAAAUGAUUUUAAUCACGCAAACCGUGUACGUUGUCAUGUGCAGUUGGGCAGCUGGUGCUGUAAAUGCUUUGCUUUUAACAUUGGUGUUACAUAUAGGUGGCCAAAUGGAUAUCCUACAUCGUUGGUUGAUAAAUUUCGCGUCCAAGGAGAGUGGAAAGAAGCAUGAGUCAAUCACAACGGACAAAAUCAUCCAGAAACAUCAGAAAAUCAUUGAUUUCUCGAAGAAUGUCGAAAAUCUAUACACGUACAUCGCGUUGUUGCAGUUUUUAUCUAACACGAUAAUGAUUUGCUCAUUGGCAUUCCUCAUCGUAAGCGCAAUCGGUACACCCGACGCGACAGAGCAAAUAAUAAGAUCCCUCCUAUUUUAUACUAUAACGAAUCUAGAAGCAUUUGUGUUCUGCUUUGCUGGAGAAUACUUGAACAAUAAGAGUAAAGCGGUCGGAAAUGCAGCGUACAAUACCGCAUGGUAUAAUUCGAAACCUGAGAACAUUCGUAUCUUAUCGUUUAUAAUAUUAAGAUCGCAAAAGCAAUUAACGCUUACUGUUGGAAAAAUGGCGGAUCUUUCCUUAGAAUAUUUUGCAAAUAUCAUGAAUGCUUCGGUAUCGUAUUUAUCAGUAAUGUUAGCGAUGCAAUGAACGUCACGUCCAUCAUCUCAUCUCGAUCUUUUCAACUGAUACUUGUAAAACACACGCAAUAUAGACCGUUUUCCAAAUACAUUUGGAGCAAUUUAAAGAGCAAGAUGUAAAACUUGAUCUACGCGGAUGUGAAACUCUGAGAUAUGACGUUCACAUAGUUAAAGUUUAGAUAAAGCAAAUU